UAUAAAAGUCCCAACAUCCUGUGAUUCAGACUGUUGUUGCUUGAAGAAAGCUUGUUUGGUUUAAACACAACUGUGGGUGUACAAGCACUUUAAUAUCAAGGUCUGUAUCAACAUGUCUACGUUCGAAGCUUUAUGUGGGUUUGAUUUUAACUUUGUGUCGAGUACAUCUGGUAUGUUGCGCAUGUUUGCGCUGGCAACAAGCGGUGGGGUGUUCGGUAUCAUAUCAUCAAACAAAGCAAGGUACAGCGGUAACUCGAGCGCUUACGCCGAAUCAGCGGUAACAGAAUUGAUGUUGUGGGUAUCGGUAACAACAUGGGUGUUCACAUUGAUAUCGUUCCUCGUUCAAUGUUAUGGAAAACAAUUCCUGAACAAAACUGCGGAGAUCGUGAUGCACUCCACUUUUGCUCUGGCUUACCUAACAUCAACAAUAUUGUGGGCCGUAUAUUUGACAUGGGGUUCGUCCGCAUACGGGUCUCCGACGUCGUAUUAUCCAUCCUUUCAAGUAGGGCGGGUGUUUCAGAACGGCGACCACGCUUUCAUCGUUGUGUUGGCUGCAGCUUCAACUUCAACAUACGUCACUCAAGCUAUUAUGUCCAUGAUUGCCAAGUGUCACGUGUAGCUUGUUGGACGUGUACAUAUAAAGUUACUGUUUGUAAACUUCUUAAUUCUUAACAAAGUUAACUUUCUUAUACAUGGUUGCGACCUUGAAUUUUUGACGUUAUUAACUUAAUUAGAUCACCAUCGAGCUAAAGACACCACCAUAAACCCAACAUUGCCGCAUAAAACACCGACACCGCCUUGCUCUAUGAUCGUGUAUUUAUAAUGAUAGUAACAACAAAGUUUUAUUUAAUCUGUAACCGAGAGAAAUAAUAAACGACAAAAACUGAA